AUGGCCGAAUAUGUACCUUCAACCAGGGACUGGGUGCGGGAGCAGGUGGCGCUUUACGAGGGCAGCGAUGGCGCCGACGGCACGACGCUGCGCAACACCGGCCUGCCUGUCAUCAUAGUAACCAACCAGGGCAACAAAACCGGCGCAGUCCGCAAGACUCCCCUGAUGCGGGUCAAGGACGGGGACAAUUUUGUGCUGGUUGGUUCCCAGGGCGGCGCGCCCAAGCAUCCGGCAUGGGUCUUCAACCUGCGGGCCGACGGACAGGUCCAGAUUCGGGACGAAGCCGAUUUAUACGACAUGACGGUCAGUGAAGUUCUUGAAGAUGCGGAGCGGGCGCGGCUGUGGGCCCUGGCGGUAGAGGCAUACCCGCCCUACGACGAAUACCAGACUCGCACCUCCCGAAAGAUACCCGUGUUCAUUGCCAAGCCGGCGUAG